AUGGAGAAAGGGCUUGGUGAAGCAAUUAAGCUUGUAUUCCCUAAUGCCGAGCACAGAAUAUGUAUGAGGCACCUUUGGAAAAAUAUAAAAAAGCAUUUUCGUUGUGAUGAUGGUCAAAUUUUACAGAAGUUGAUUUGGUCUGCUGCAAAUUGCUACAACAUACAUGAGUAUGAUUCAAAGUUAGAACAAUUAUUGCUCAUUAGCCCACAAGUCCAUUCAUACCUAACGUCUUUAACAUGCAAGUGGUCUAAAGCUACUUUCUCGAAGGCUAUUAAAAAUCACUACAACACAAAUAACAUGGCUGAAUCCUUCAAUUCGUGGAUAGAGGAGGCAAGGAGCAAGCCCGUUGUUGAUUUGAUCGACAUUAUACGAGGUAUGUUGAUGGAACAACGGUCUCACCGGAAGUUAAAUUCUAAUUCUUGGAAGAACCCUCUUGUUCCAUGUGUGGAGGAGUAUAUUAGAGAUGUAACAACUAGAAAAGAGCAUUUUAUUAUACGUCAGUCUACUCCAACAAAAGCUGAAGUUGAAGGAAUAAAGGAUCGUCACGAAGUCGACAUAGAGAGUCAUAUGUGUACUUGUGGAUUUUGGCAGUUAUCUGGGCUUCCUUGUGUGUUUGCAUUGAUGGAUUCCUAG